AUGAUUCCCAAGCAUCUCGAGCGAGAACCUCGCUCAGACAGUCUUCAUCUGAAGGUCGAAGAUAAGCACUUUGAUAAUGUCGAUUUGAACAAGUUAUAUGAGCUGGUGCUCAAGGUUCUUUUGCUUGAGUACAUAUGCGAAGCUCGGUUCUACCAGCCGGUACGAAGGAGUCCUUCACCAUCGAAGAAGAGCAGUAUAGAGAGACGAUCACGUUUUUCGAGACUAGAGGGCGAUUGCACACUUCCGGGCCAUUUGGUUGACGAUCUCAAGGCAAGACUCAAUGCAAUUGCCAUGAAGAAAUCAAACCACGAUGAGCUCACAAGAAGGUCGUUGCUUCGAUUUUACGGAGAGACACUUGAUCCAGCGUUCAAAUCAGAUGUCAGAAGAGCCAACAACAUCGACAUAUUGGUGAUGAAGUUUGUCUCGGCUGCCAAUAAGGAGGUACUCAAAGUAGGGCUGAUCCCAAACGAGGAGGUAAGCUCACGCGUGUUUAAGCAGACAGACGAGUUCAUAAAAAUCAUUGGGUCUCUCAUACAAAAGGACAAGAACAAAGACGCCCUAAUGGCGAAGCUAGAGGAGCAUAAAGCAGCGUUGCAGCCUUCGCAAAAGGCUACCUCGAGCUCUAAGAGCUCAGAGAAUUUGCAAUACCAUGAACCAUCCUGUCAGGUCUCUGACAUGGACAGGUCAUCUAUCAAGCUCUUGAUGGAGCUUUUUGGAAAGGAUCAGACCCAAAUUCAACAAGACAUUCAGACUCUAAAGCCCACUGUUACUCAGAAAACCCUUCAUAAAGACGUUGAUCAAGCAUUAUUUUAUCUAAAUAAGGACAUCGGCAGAUACUCUAUGAGGCAGUUUCUGUCUCAGGAUGCAUAUGAAAGUUGGAAGGAAAGGGAGACAGCGUUUUGCCAGCUGCUUUACAAUAAGUACCCUAUCCCGUCUUCCAUGAAGCUCCUUCCAAAUCCCCCGCUACCGGCUGGUCUGGAGCUCUAUAUAAUGCCCCCUUCAAACGUUGUCACAAGUUACUUUACCACUUUGGCCAAGCUUUGUCUCUUGCAUAGCAAGAGUAAGGGUAGCAACUCCAGUUCGAUGCUUUUGGACGACGAGACACCCUUAUUUUCGAACAAAUCCAAUGAGUUGAUGCAGGCUUGCGCCAGGGUGUGGCGGGUAGAUUAUCCUACAAGGGCUGUCGCUCUCUUUGGGGCAGCUCAUUCAUCAGGAAUUUUGAUUGAUCCUCUUUUCCAAAACUCGACAAAAGAACUAGAGCCUAUCGAUCUAGAAAUGUCAAAAAGGGUCCUCAAUAUGUGUAGAAGUAUGGUUGAGGGCCAUGGGAAGCUCGACUGGGAUGACAAGUUUUCUUGGUCUAUAAAAGAUCAAGAGCAAUGGUCAACAUUUUUGGGCUACACUUAUAGUGAAGUUUUCUAUGGAAUUAAAGACUGCCUUUCAAUCAUUUUGAGCAAGACUGUGAAACCUAAGUUUAGUCCAUACCUAUCAUUUUUGGCUGACUACGUGGAAUCCGACGUCUUAUUUCCCCGACUCCGUGAAAAGGGUGCUACUACAAAGUGGGAACGGAAGCUAACGAGAACACUUUUGCGAGUGUCAGAGGCGCUGUAUGCUGACGUUCUUAAGACUCUUCCAAGAGACGACACCCUUAGCAUUUUGCAUAUACUUGAUAUUUCUGAUGCUCUUAUUGACAACAUCAAGACACUUCAAAAGAGGUAUAAAAAUCCACUCCUAGGGUUUCUCAAUGUCAGUCGAACUUAUGCGGCAGUGGUGACCGGCAUGUUUGCCUCAGAUGCUAAGAAUAUUCUUAAGCACAUAUCUGCUAGAACGAAAGCGAAGGGGGAAUUUUUGAAUUAUGGUGAUGCUUUGGAAGCAUACAAGUCUCUCAGUGAAAUACGCAGCAUACAUAAUCAGGUCUGCUCUGAAAACGCCACGUUCAACUUUGACCUUGAAGAGUUCUUCUACCAACAUCUUGAAGCAUGGGUAGCAGAAAGUAGCAACAAAAUACGUGAUUACGUGUUGAAAGCCAUCCAAGAAGAUCUGUUCGAACCUAUUGACAUUGAGAAUGAUCAAAAAAAGUACAGUACUUCGGUGCAUGAUAUCUUUACUGUUAUAAAGCACUAUCUACUGAUUCUCAAAGGUUUAGGAUGGCAGAACAAAUAUCAGAUUGCCAAAGUGUACACCAUUUUGAUGAAAAGCAUAUCUAACUGUGCGCUCUUGUACUCCAGCCGCAUGAGCGACAUGAUCUUGGAAGACUUGAAUGAAGAGGUUUUGGAUCAGACGCCUCAGGUCCCCUCAAUGAAUGGCUGGUUUGCUGAAGUCAAAAGUAAAGUUGCCAGCUAUAACCUUAAUAAUUCGAAAGUGGAGGUGGAAGAGCCCUACAACUUUACCUCCAGGACAUGCAUUGGCUUGAACAACAUUGAUGCAUUAAUAGCUAAUCUUACGAGGUUGGAGGAUUUGCUCAAUCCUGAAGAGGUCUCCCAGGUGAUGGCCAAAUAUGAUCCGAAGUCAUCACGGGCUUAUACUAAUCACAUAGUCUCCUUAAGAGUUGUGAAGGCCGAGGAUCUCCGUUCUGCUCUGGACAAGUCGAGCAUUCGUCCAUACAUGACUCUUGUCGAUACAAAAGCUCGUAAGACUAUUACCAAGACACGAGCAUUAGAUGGGGAAAAUCCAGAAUGGGAUGAGGAAGUAGAGUUUACCCUUGCAGCCAACUCAUCUCUCACGAUGUCCGCUACUGUUUGGGAGGAGAAAUUGGGAACUCAUCCUGUUUGUGGUAGGGCGUUGAUGCAGCUAGAGCCCAGAAAAUUCAAGCAUGAUGGUAUACCGCAAGAGAUUUUCCUUGAUCUUGAUCCGCAGGGACGUGUUCACAUCGAGAUUGCUGUAGAAAGUGAAAGGGACGAUGCAAUCUUUGCUAUGGGACGAGCACAUAGGGCGCUCAAGAGAAGCAUUGAGCGUAUUACUAAACUUAUUGUGGCUAAGUUUUCGAAGUUCAUCAAGUUGUGUUUCUCAAGAAACUCACUUAAGUCUGUCUGUGGAGCUAGUGGUAACUUAAAACCAUCUCAGGAACAAAUGGAUGAAGCGAUGUUGCCACUUUACAAUUACCUCAACAUGAACUUGCUGGUGCUAGCUCAAUUUCUCACCAAGGAUCUUUUGCAUAAAGUGAUGCUCGAAGCAUGGAACAUUGUUGUGGCCAGCGCUGAUGAGUUGUUGCUCCCGAAACUCACGAGUGCCAAAGCACUUCGUCUGGCACACCUUAAGAAGGGGAAAGUUUUAAGUAGCUCCGGAAAUUUGAUGGCUUCUGGAUGGCAGUCUGCUGUUUCUUCAGCUAUGGCAAAUGUUACAAACUCCAUGAGUGUUUUAGGGUUCGGCAAGACUCUAACGAAUAACGAAAUUGAGACCGUUAUUGCGUGGCUCAACUUCCUUUGUCUUGACUUCUUUUAUAACGAAGGCAAUGGACCGCCAAUCGUGGACUUGAAGACCGAGCAAUACCAAUCAAUCAUGUUAAUCCCCGUGUAUUACGACAAGUAUCCCGAAUUCUUGAUACACGAGGUCGAAAGACUCUCUCCAGCAUACUUGCAAAUGCUAAGAGACAAGAAUAAUGUCUUCAUAUCCAAUCAUCCGGACGCAGACACUGCAAAUUUACGGAGUAGAGCAGGAUCCAUCGCAAGAAGUCUGACUAUUCGUGCUAACGCCACAGCUAAGGCGAGAGCUCGCGCUGCAAAAGAAGCGCGCGAGCUUCUGUCUGACCCGUUGGUGGCACAAACUUCAACGGAGAACAUCAUUUUGAGACUUUUGCUUGUAAAGGAUGAGAAAGCGUUUGUUGCUAAUCGUGUUGAGCAAAGAGAGAGAUUGGCUCAUACAAUAGCUACUGAGAGAUUAGCAAGGGCUGCUGCAGAAGGUACAUUGUUUAAAUAA